AUCCAGCAUCAUCACCACCAUCAUCAUCCUCAUUAUCGUAGAAGUCCCUCCCACAAUGCACCGCGUGCUCCCUCUUUUGGAGUUGCGGUCAUGGACGAGCCGGGCAGCGCGCGCAUGAACGGAGAGGCAGACCCUGAAAAGAAGAAGAAGAGGAAGAAGAAGAAGAGCAGGACAGCUCCCUCAGGACACGGUGAACUAGGCGAGGAUGGAGAAGUGGAUGUGAGGAAGCUGGAGGAGAGAGAGAGGGAGGAGGAUGCAGAAGAAGACGGAGAGGAGGGUGACAGCUCUGCUGGGAAAAAGAAGAAGAAGAAGGGGAAGAAAAAGAAAGGCCCCAAGACACAGACUGAUCCUCCGACUGUGCCCAUCUGUGAUCUUUACCCCAGUGAAGCGUUUCCUGUUGGAGAGGAGUGUGAAUAUCCUCUUGCACAGGAUGGACGGAGUGCCGUUUGGCGGAUGAGUAGAGAUGAGAAGCGUGUUAUGGAUAAAGCCAAUGAAGAAAUGUGGAAUGACUUUCGUCAGGCUGCUGAGGCACAUCGGCAGGUGCGGCAGUACGUCAAGAGCUGGAUCAAACCCGGAAUGAGUAUGAUCGACAUCUGUGAGCGUUUGGAAGAUUGCAGUCGGAGGUUAAUUAAGGAGAAUGGUCUGGAUGCAGGUUUGGCUUUCCCCACUGGCUGUUCUCUCAACAACUGUGCUGCUCAUUACACCCCCAACGCUGGAGACCCCACCGUGCUGCAGUACGACGACGUCUGCAAGAUUGACUUUGGAACGCACAUCAACGGGAGGAUUAUUGACUGUGCCUUUACCGUCACUUUUAACCCAAAAUAUGACCGUCUUCUAGAGGCGGUAAAAGAUGCUACAGACACUGGGAUCAAGUGUGCAGGGAUAGACAUACGUCUGUGUGACGUUGGAGAAUCGAUACAGGAAGUGAUGGAGUCGUAUGAGGUGGAAAUAGAUGGGAAAACUUACCAAGUUAAACCAAUCCGAAAUCUGAAUGGCCACUCCAUUGGUCAGUACAGGAUACAUGCUGGCAAAACGGUACCUAUUGUUAAGGGUGGUGAGGCUACUAGGAUGGAGGAGGGUGAGGUGUAUGCUAUUGAGACAUUUGGCAGCACGGGGAAGGGAGUGGUACAUGAUGACAUGGACUGUUCACAUUACAUGAAGAAUUUUGAUGUAGGGCACGUACCAAUCAGGCUGCCGAGAGCUAAGCACCUGCUGAACGUGGUGAAUGAGAAUUUUGGUACGCUGGCGUUUUGUCGCCGCUGGCUGGACCGGCUCGGGGAGAGUAAAUACCUAAUGGCUCUGAAGAACCUGUGUGACCUUGGCAUCAUCGACCCGUACCCACCGCUCUGUGAUGCCAAGGGCUCCUAUACCGCACAGUUUGAACACACCAUCCUACUCAGGCCCACCUGCAAAGAGGUAGUGAGCCGGGGCGAUGACUACUGAGGCACACUGAGGGAAAAUCACAAAGCAGGAUCUUUACCCUGGUAACUUAAGCCUGUUUAAAACAAGUCAUUUAUAUAAGAUGCUCCUCGCUUAUGUUAUCCAGCUAAACUGCGAAAUCCUGCUUUGUGAUAUAAUUCCAUGGCUUCUCAAGAAAAUAAGUAAAAGUAAAGAGUCACUGCUUGUCAAACGUUUGGGGACAUCUAGCUUCCUGUUAAAAAAAGAUACAUAAUACCCAACAUUUUAGUUACGUGCUCUUAUAUCUGCAUAACUUCCACAUUUGUUUUAUUCAUAGUUAAAAUAAAAGUUGUAAUAAGCAUUUAAAGGGAUUAAUUAAUUAAUUCGUCAGUUUGAAAUAAUUUAACACAUCACUAGAGUAUGUGCAAUUCACUACAGACAUUUUAUUGUGGUAUUCUUUUCUUGGAAUUUGGCGCCACCUGCUGGCAAUGUUCUUUAUGUACUUUAAAGAAUGUGCCUGGGUUUAUGAUGCAAUCUUUGUCUGUUUCAUAGUGUUGUUCGGUUGAUCAGUAGUAUAAUAAUUUUAACAAUUUUUGUUUUCAACAGUUGUCUAAUUAAGAAACCUGUCAAAGGUCUGCUGUUUUAAUGACGUGAAACAUGACCAAAAUAUUAAAUAUUAUACAUAUUUGUAAUGUUGGUAACAUUUUAUAAUACUGUUCUAUAGUUAAUAGGUAACUAUGCAGGAACUAAGCAGGAACUAAUGAAUAGUGCUGCAGUAACACCUAAAUCUCUUCUAUCAACUACCAGGGAGUACUAAGUAAUUAAUCAGUAGGUAGUACUGAACUGAACUGAAUGAUUACAGUAAUUUUACUAUUAAUUCAACAUUAAUUAUCUCGACACCACAAAUCUUUAACUACUCACUAUUUAUGUCUCCUUUAUAGUAACUACUCAUUAAUUAUAGCUCACAUCAACAUCAACUGCUCAGCUGAAAUCUCUUACAUGCCACUUACAGAUCUAUUAUUCCUGCAUAGAUAUGGAACAGUAUUAUAAAGUGUUGCUGUUAUGUUUAACAAAAAGGCAUUUUUACUUAUUGAGCAGAGUAACAACAAGCAAAUUCAUGACUUUAAAAGAUGUAAGGUGUCCCCAAACAUUUGAUGGAUAGUGUAAAAAUGUACAAACCAACUUUAAACCAGUUGGAACCUUAUAGCAGGAAAUACUGGGCUAUGUCUGAGGUCUCCUGCAAUUUUUUGCAUGAAAGCUGUAUGAAUUCUUUAACUAUGCAGAGGAUAAGCUAACUUCUAGCUGCUGUCCUGGGCCUGAUUUUCCCAAAUACACUGUAGACAGAAAACUUCUCUUAAACAAUGAGAUGAAUUAAAAGGAAUAAAUCAUGAUUUUAAAAUUAAAAUAUUUAUUCUUUAACACAUCUGAGGGUUGUGUUUAAUUAUUGAAAAGAUGAAUUUAGUUGCCCUUAUUAUCUGGACUCUACCUAUUGAAAUAUCUAAGAAAACUUAAUGACUUCAAACUCAUUUACAGUCACAGUAUUUUGGCUGUUACUAAAUUUUAUUGGUAAGCAUGUAUGUUGUGUACAUGUAUGUAUUUCUGUGUACCUCAAUUAUAUUUGUCAAAUAAGCAAUAACUGUAUAUGUCAUGUAUAAAUUUGUAUAAAGUGAGAUAAAUAUAUACAUAAAUAUUUAAGCAGUGAAUUUUGGACAGAAAUUUAUUUUAAUGGAUUUUAAAAUGAAGAAAUUAAGAUGUGACUGAAGAAAGUGCAGACUUUCAGUUUUAAUAUAAAACCAAUUUUCGCUGCAAAAUAAACCGUUUCAGUAUUGGUAUCACAAUGUGCUCAUGUUCAGUGCACAUAUUUUUAAUUUUUAUCCAUUUUUACUUUUCAGAAUAUUUGCUCUCAUAAUUUAUUUUACUUCAACAUGGAGCAUAUUAUUAAUAUCAUCACACGUUGUAUCACUUGUUUUUUUUUUUUUAGUAUUUCUGUCACACAACCCUUAAAAAUUGAUUACUUAGAUUGAAAAACAAUGAGAAAUUUCUUUAACAUAAAUCAGCUUUGGAAAAUCAGGCCCCACUUAGACCUAUUUUGUACCUAAAUACAAAACAAAAGAGAUACUAGUAGACAGCAACUCUUAGUCCAAAUUUCCCUGCUCUUACAUGCCUAAUUCAGCUAAUGAAGGGCUUCAUGAUUACUUGAUUCGUUGGAUCGGGUGUGUUAAAGCAGAGAUAAUAUAAUGUGACUGAAAAGCACUGCUGCUCUCUAAUUCUACUCUGUGCCUAGCAAAGAGAAAUUAUAAAAAAAUGAGCAUUUAAAAAUUAAGAGUAUGGCUGUUUAGCUUCACAUAGCAUGAGGAUGACUGCAAAAGUAUAAUAAAAAUACCAAAAAUGUUAUGCAUUAUGCUUCUGAAACAUAGUGUAUUUUCAUAAUUGUAUAUGAAGCAUUUGACUUGUAGAAUCCAUAUACCAUUUUAAACUCCCUGAUUUUUUCUGUAAAUUAAAUACCUAUACCAUUUA